UACGUUAAAGUUCGAGAGUUCGAAAGUAAUGUGACUGACAAGUGUACAUAUAUAAUUAGUAGUGGUCAAGUGUAGUUUCGUAGAGAUUCAGUAAAAUGGUACGAUAUGCUGCGCUCAAAGGUUUGUACGACGUGGAGAAAACUAUCGGGAGCGGAGGCUUUGCCAAAGUCAAGCUGGCUACCCACGUUGCUACCGGCGAGAAAGUCGCGAUCAAAAUAAUGGACAAAACAUCACUGGGCGAUGAUCUGCCGAGGGUCAAACUGGAAGUAGAAGCGCUGAAAACCUUGUUACAUCAACAUAUUUGUCGAUUGUAUCAAGUGAUUGAAACGGACAGUCAUUAUUUCAUGGUGAUCGAGUAUUGCUCGGGGGGAGAAUUAUUCGAUCACAUCGUUGAAAAGAACAGACUUUCAGAGUCAGAGUCACGAAAAUUCUUUCGUCAAAUCGUCUCUGCCGUGGCAUACUUGCACAGCUUGGGAUAUGCUCAUCGUGACUUAAAACCAGAAAAUGUGCUAUUGGACAGAGAAGAGAAUUUGAAGCUUAUAGACUUUGGAUUAUGUGCAAAACCAAAAAAUGGGAUACAUUCACAUUUGCAAACAUCCUGUGGAUCUCCGACGUAUGCUGCACCAGAACUUAUACUGGGGAAGAAAUAUUUAGGUUCAGAGGUGGAUGUCUGGAGCAUGGGGGUUCUUCUUUACGCAUUACUCUGUGGCUUCCUUCCCUUCGACGAUAAUAGUAUAGAGAACUUAUACAGAAAGAUUCUUAGCGGUAAAUACAAUGAACCAAGCUGGUUAUCACCCAGCAGCAGGAGACUGAUAAAAGCAAUGCUGCAGGUAGAUCCAAAAAAGAGAAUUACUGUUCAGGAACUGUGCAAUCAUCAAUGGAUUACAACAGGAUUUCUUAAUCCAGUCUCGUUUGUACAUAAAACUAACUUUGAAAAGGAUGAUGAUGUGCUAAGCACUAUGUCCGCGAUAUGCGGCGAACACGCAUCAGAUAUAUGGAAGAGGCUUUUGAAAAGCGACAGAACCGAUUACAAAACUGCUACGUAUCUCUUGCUUCUAGACAGAAAGCUUCGUGGACUUUCACUGCGAAUAUCAACUUCUGCAAAAUCACAUUUUAAGUCAGAGUGCGGAAAAGGAGGUAACAACAUUAUAACUAAACUUGAUCGUUCCCCAAGAAUCAGACCUGUGAGGUCACCAGUAAUCGAUCCUACGUGUAAAACUCCUGAGACCACGAACAAUUUCACGGAGCCGCAAGUGCCUACGAGAAAACGACUUAGGAGUAAAGACGAAGACGAUGUAUUCUCCCCUGUUCCCGCGAAGAGAACCGUAGAAAGGGACACGAUCGUUGUUACCCCGACUAAUACUCAAGCACCCGAAAGCGCGGGGGAAAGAGUCAGGGGGUCACAAUCGUCCACACCGGGAAGUGCAAGAAAAGUAAUAAUGGGCCUGGAGCGCGGUCUGAAUCGCGUGCGCUGUGUCCUCACACCGAAACGGCGCGUGAAGAAUGAAAAUAUCGAUCCCGACCAACCCAAUGUACUCUCCGGAAAGGGUCUCUGUAACGUAUCGUCCACGUCCAAUGAUGAUCCGAAAUACGUCCUCUCUCAACUCCGCCGUGCGCUUCGGCGUAAAGGAAUCAUGUGCCACCAGAAAGGAUUUACCCUGCAAGGUGAGACGGAGGACAGCGCAGAAGAUACGUCGCGACCGAUCACAUCGAGAAACGCGUGCUCCUUCGAAUUAGAAGUAUGCUUGCUGGAGGGAAUCUCAGAAAAAAAAUUGGUCGGAAUUCGAAGGAAAAGAUUGAAGGGUGACGCAUGGGUUUAUAAACGGGUCUGCGAAGAAGUUCUAGCAUUGGCGGCUGAAGACCUCUCCGCGGAACCGGAAGAUUCGACAGAAUCGAAAUGUCCUAUAUAAAGUCUUCCUAACAUGUUCAUUCUUAACAAUCAUUUAUAAAUCAUGAGAAAACUAUCCUA